AUGUUUUUAUUCAUAUUUUUAUCUUUUCUAUUGUCUAACAAUUUUUUAUUUUUAAAUUUAGGGAUGAUUUUAUUCUUUAAAAUUUUAUUUCUGUCAAGAUUGGUGUUUUCUUGUUUGGCUGCUAUAGGUGGAGAGGAUGAUAGGAAUAUGUCAACUUUAGUACCUGUUGUUCCAAAUUGGUUUGAAGAGGGAUGGAAGAUGGGAUGGGAAGGAUGGGACAUGAAUUGGGAUUUACGUGAACCAAAAUCUGAUGCAGAAGAUGAGCCUAAAGCUAUAAGGAAUAUCUUUUUUAUAAGGCAUGGAAUAUAUUUUAGAAAGAAUAGAACAGUUGAUGAACAAAAGCUUACUCCGCUUGGACGUGAACAAGCCGAAUUUCUUGGUAGACGAUUGGCGGAUGUUAAAAACGAGUACAAAUUUGAAAAAUGUGUAUUUUCUACAAUGCUUAGAGCAAGACAAACUGGUGAAAUAAUAAUUAAACAAAUGCCUCAUUUAAAAUUUAACUGCAAAUUGGAUUCAAUUUUGGAAGAAGGGUCGCCAUACCCUGCAGAGCCGUUUAAAUCUCAUUGGAGACCGAUAGAACCAUCAGUGUAUCACUCAGAAGGAGCUCGUAUGGAAGCCGCUUUUCGAAAAUAUAUUCAUCGUGCUGACCCUUCGCAGAAAAAAGAUAGUUAUGAACUUAUUGUUUGUCAUGCGAAUCUGAUUCGUUAUUUUGUUUGUAGGGCUCUUCAAUAUCCACCUGAAGGAUGGGUGCGUUUUAAUGUGGCACAUACCUCAAUAACUUGGAUAUUAAUUCCACCAAGUGGUAAUGUAAUUGUCAACACAGUGGGUGAUGUUGGACAUUUGCCUCCCGAUAAACUUACUUUUCACAAUGUUUAA